AUGGCCGAAGUUGAAACAACAAAUGUGCGUGCACCAGAACCCGUUACUGUAUCAGUUGUACGAGUAAAACAUCUACGAGGCCAAAAAGGAGAUGUAGUGACUGUGGUUAUUAAGGCAGAAUUCGGAGACAAAGUUUUAGGCGAAUCACAAAAAAUUGACUGCACUGGGGAAUCCUCAACGUCAUCAGACAUUAACUUUAAUGCUAUUUUAAACUGUGCAUAUAAUGAUGGUCAGGCCUUGGAUGAAAUAGCCCACAAACCAGUAGUUUUAACAUUAAUAGAAGUAUUGCCAAAAGAAAAACGCCAAAAGGAAGAAAAGACACACCUUUUAGGACAAUGUACAGUUGAUUUGCUUCCCCUAGUUCGUGGAGAAACAAAGGCCUGCUACACCUUGCCAAUAAAUCCAACACCAGGUUCUCCUUUAGAAUCUUUACAAGUAGAUUGUCCUCGACCUGAAGUUGAUGUGAACAUAACUGUGCAGGUACCAUUGCUGGUUGAUAAAAAUCUAAAAGAUGGAAAUUUAAUGAGAAUUACCAUGGAGAACUUACAUUGUCCUCCAGAAUCAUGGACAUUGUCAGGAAUUCAGUAUUAUUAUGCUGCCGCUUUACCCAUUCCGAUUACAGAGGAAAGGGAAGUGCCCAUUGUCUUUGCUAAUGGUCAGUUGAAACCGGGAUCGGAUAAAGAAUUGCCCAACAAACAGAAAAAAUGGUGUAAACCAGGAAAUGCACAAGGUCUCUCUGUGUUUAUUCCUGAUAGUUUUGUAGUUAGUGAUCCUAUCGAAGAUGAGGAUGGAGAUUACAAAAAUAAAGAAGACAGAGAAUUCAGACAUUGUGCAGAAAUGGAGAAGAACCAUGUUUCUUGGAUAACAGAGAGAAGAUGCUUUUUAGACAGCUCUGCCAUAAAAAAAUUCCAAGACGAAAUAGCGAAAAAUCGUCUGUGGCCAGUAGAAGUAAUGAGAUUAGCAGUACAGGCAUCAGGUGGAAAAGGAAAAAAAGAAGAUGAAAAUGGCAUAUAUUUUCAUGGAAUUGCAUUUGUCAAUUUAGCACCCCUGUUAUAUCCUGGUGUCAAGAAGAUUAGAGGAGCCUAUAAGGUUUGGCCAUAUUCUGAUCAUAUUCUUUAUGAAAAAACAAAGAGGAAAAGUGGCAUGUCCGAAGAAGCUUCUAAAAUAGCCAUGAACAUUUUACACCACAAUUCUACUUCCCCACCACCUAAGAAAGGUGGCAAAGAACCAGAGAAAAAAGAUGUAAAGAAAGGUGCGUCACAGUUAGUUAAAUCUGAUACUGGUUCAGAGCUAGAUGGACAACCACCAUUAAAUGUGGAAGGACAGAUGUAUGUUGAAGCUAAAUCUUUUGUGAUUUUGGAGAUAGUUUUAGAUCGUCCCCUCAUACCAAAACGUCAGCCUGAGGAAUUAGCUAGAAAAGUCUCUGAAUAUAUCCCACCACGCCCUUUAUUUCCAAAGAGAACUGAUGGUGCAAAGCGAGCUGUAGAAGAUUACCAUGCACAGAUAUCUAAUGUAGCCGAUCUCAUAUUAGAUGAAUUCAGGGAACUGUUUGGUGAUGAUGCUACAGGGCAGCUAAAUGUUAAUGAAGCAAUGGAAACUAAUCGCCAGAAGUUGAUAUACGAAUUGAAUUCAUCUGGUAAAUAUUUUGCCUUUAAAGAACAGUUGAAGCAUUCAGUGGUAAAGAUUGUUAGAGAGAAGUAUUUGAAAACAACCAUUUUUGAUGAUCGAGAAGAACUACAAACUUUUCUAAGCGAGCUGUAUGUAUACCUAGUCGAUCAAAUGCAUUUAGCUUUGGGCAAUGCCCUGGAAGUUGGAGACCGACCACCUGUACCAAAACCUGUCACAGAGUCUGCACAACUGAAACAUUUUGCCAGAGAGGCAGAAAUGGGUGGAAAUUUCGAGUUAGCAGCAAGAUACUACCAAGAAAGAAUAGCAAAAGAAAAGAAAAACGCAGACAACUGGUACGACUAUGGCAUCUUUAAUCUCUACAUUAAUGAAGUUACUAAAGCCGAGGAAUGUUUUAAAGAAUGCAUCUCCAUCAAGCAGAACCACCUGUAUGGUAUAUUAAUGUAUGGCGUCGUGUGCUCCCUAUUGGAGCGCAAUGAUGAAGCAGAAACAUUUUUUGAAGCCGCUACAAACAUUAAUCCUAAAUGUAUCAAAUCUUGGACGAUGUUUGGGUUGUUUUACGAUUCUAUUGGGAAUGAUAUUGGUGCUGAAAUGGCAUACAUGGAAGCAAACAAACUCAACCAUUCAGAAGCAGCAGCAACAGCCAAAGCCAUCAAAGCAGAAUUGAAAGAAAAGUCCGAUUUUGUGCCACAAGUUCUAGAAGGUGAGCAAAUUCGGGAUUCAGAGGCUUUGGGUGACGGCGAGGUUUCAUUUCCAAAAUCUCCUUCUCCUGACAGAACACCCUUAACAUCUGCUAUAUCUGAAAGUACUGAUGAUAAACGUGAAACUGAUAAAGUCAAUUCCCCUGGUGCUAGCGUGUCAGUAUCACGAACCCAUAGUCAACAAAGGGUAGGGAAACAGCCGGUCACACCACAACCCACACACAUUGUUAAAGCUAUUCCUUCCAGAGAUCCAACUCCUUUACCAGCUUGUAGUAUAUACAUGCAUACUAUUGAGUGGCUUCUGGAAUCUAAAGCUGCUCAGUUUGCAGAAAGGGCACUCGCUCAUGAAAUACUUCUGCCCCGCCCUGCUCACAGUACAACAGCUAUAGAAUAUCAAAUAGCAUUAGCUAGAUUGAACUUACAGAAACGUAAGUUUAGGGAAGCUGAAGUGUGUCUGAAAAAGGCAUUGGAGCUGGAACAACAGAAUCCCGAUGGUUGGUCAUUAAUGGGUCACCUUAAAUAUUUAACUGGCGAUACAGAAGCGGCCAGAGAGUGCUUUGAACGAACGAUUUCAUUCAUUGGAGAGGCAUUGGAGAUGCAUUCUAUUUACAUACGCUUGGCAUCUAUUUAUCUUUCCGAACAAAAAUUUCAAAAUGCCAAAAAUAUGUUUUUGAUGGCUUGUAGAAAAUCCCCAUCAUGUGUUUCCUGGUUGGGUGUUGGAAUAGCUUGCUAUAGAUUAAAUGAGUUGACAGAAGCCGAAGAUGCGUUAUCGGAAGCCAAUAUUUUGAAUAACAGUGACGCCGAAGUAUGGGGUUAUCUUUCUUUGGUUUGUUUAAAAUCCGCAAGACAACUAGAGGCAGAACAAACUUAUAAAUACGCAAUGAAACUGAAUUUACAAGACAAAGAUUUACUAGCUGAAAUUCAUAAAGUUCAAAAACAGGUUGGAUUUGGAAAUCCACAAUUUUGAAAUAGAAGAUGGACAGUAGAAACAAUAUUCAUUUCAUUUAC